CGUGACAGUGACGCCGGGAGUUGUUCCCGCGACAGCGAGUUCGGCCCCUUUAGCCCGUAGCUGGCUCUGUGGCUACCUGGCUGGUCGCUGCGAGCGCCCGACCUUUCUCUUCCUGGACCCUUCACCCCCCGCGACCCUGAGCCAACAGCCGGCACCACGGGCAAUGGCGGCCUCGACGGCGUCGCACCGGCCCAUCAAAGGGAUCUUGAAGAACAAGACCGCUGCGACUUCCUCGGUGGUGGCCUCGGCCGAAGAACCCCGCCGGAGCGUCGAGGAGGAGCUGAGUAAAAAGUCCCAGAAGUGGGAUGAAAUGAACAUCCUGGCAACCUAUCAUCCAGCCGACAAAGACUAUGGUUUAAUGAAAAUAGAUGAACCAAGCACUCCUUUCCAUAGUAUGAUAGGUGAUGAUGAAGAUGCAGGUAGUGAUUCAGAGCCCACUGAAGCCCUAACUCCAGAUGUCUUAGCUAAGAAAUUAGCUGCUGCUGAAGGCUCGGAGCCAAAGUAUCGGAUUCGGGAGCAAGAAAGCAGUGGAGAAGAGGAUAAUGAUCUCUCACCAGAGGAGCAAGAAAAAAAGCGACAAUUUGAAAUGAAAAGGAAGCUUCACUACAAUGAAGGACUGAAUAUUAAGUUAGCUAGACAGUUAAUUUCAAAAGAUCUAAAUGAUGAUGAAGAAGAUGAAGAAAUGUCAGAGACUGUAGAUGGAGAAAACAUGAAUAUUGAAUCAAAGCAAGGACCUACUACAGGUGAUCAACGGCAAAACAAAUCCCAAAGUUCAUAGAAGAACUUUGUUCUGCACUGCAGUUGUCAAAUACAAAUCCUGUUACUAUGAUACACUGCUUCUUGUUCUCCACAAUUUGUGACUUAAGUACCAAAA